AAUCUUUGACAAUUUUUCUGGAUCUUUCAAAAACUGCAUGUUUCAACUUUCAUUGUCCCUGUUACAUGAAAUAGUUGGGCUAGGUUAAGUUAGGUUAAAAUUAACCGUUAAAGUUCUUUAUUCUACUUCUUCUGUUUUGGUUUAAAAAAUAUUUAAUACGUUCAUACUCGAUAUCAUCUUGCGUACGAAGCCGGAGACAUUGACUUGAGCAAGAACUUGAGAAAUUGCAGAGAUUUAGAAAAGGACUAGAUUAUUUCUUGUUUUAUUUUACAGCUGAUUGUGCUUACAAUUUGAGAAAACUGCAUUGUAGUAUUCAUAAUGAAUAAAAUAAUGGAUAGUUCUUCGGACGAAGAUGAUCCAUAUACAAAUUCCGUAGCUCGCUUAAGAGCAUUAAAAAAACAACGCAUGGAAAGAGAACAAUUUUCUAUUGAGAAUAGUUUCAGCAUUGAGCAGCAAACAAAGAGUAAGGCGGUACAGAAUGAAGAAGUAAAUGGGAAAGAGAUAAAUGGUAAAGAGACAAGCAAUGAAGAAAUAAGUAAUAAAGUUGUAUGUAGCGAAGAAAUAAGUAACGAAGUCAUAUAUAGCGAAGAAAUAAGUAACGAAGGCAUACAAACGCGAAGCAGGACGGUAAGAGGUAGAAGGAAUAAAAAAAUUCCUAAUAAAGGUGUUAAUUGGUGGCGAACUAGGGGAAGGCGUUUGCCUGUUGAUUUAGAGUAUAAUGAAAUUGAGGAACUAAGGGAAAAAAAUCCCAUACCAAUUAUCGAAUCUUGUGAGGAUAUAAUAGCACUGUCAGAUGAUGAUGCUUAUAAUGAAGAUGAUAACUAUGAGAUAAAUGUAAAAGUAUAUUGGAGAUCAAAUCGACUUGAUCGUUUAACUAUGCGUAGACAUGACACUUUCAAAGAAAUUUUCCAGUAUUAUGCGGACUUAGAAAAGGUUUCUGUGAAUGAAGUCCUAAUCAUGAAGGGGGAUAAAAUUGUUAACCACACUGAUACUCCUGCAGAGCUCAAACUUUCCAUUAUAGAUAUACUCGAUGGUGGAAUUGUGAAUCCAGGUAUGAAUACAUUAUCUCCAGAUAAAAGCGAUGAAAACCUAUGCACUAUUAAAGUACAAACGGCGAAUAGGAAACAGUCCUUUACUAUCCCACUUAGAAAGGACGAACAAUUUAAAGCGCUAUUUAUUAAUUGUGCCAAGCAACUUGGUGUGAAUGAGACUAAACUGAAGCUUUAUUUUGAUGGAGAACAAAUCAGUCCGACUGACACUCCAGAAUCUUUAGAUCUUGAAGAAGAAGCAUGCGUCGACCUUCGUAUUUCUAUAUAAUGUGUGAUAAAAAGAUUAAAUAUUUUUAUACAUUUUUCAUAUAUUAUGUGUGCAUAAUUUCUAAUAAUUUAGAAUCUAAUAAUUUAGAAAUCUAAUAAUUUAGAAUAGAUAAAAAAAUAUUUACAUAUGAACAAAGUUUUAGGUAGAAUAGGAAAAUUGUUUAUUAGAAUAGAAUAGAACAAAUUUAAUCAAUUAUAUAUUUAAAAAGAAAAACGUUAAUGUAAGUUAUUAAUGCAAGUGUAUUUACAUAAAUAAAUUGCUUGCGAGGUGUUCGUGUAAUCUGAAAGAUGUAAAUACGUUUUAUGUUACGAAAGGAAUAAUAAGCUUUUGAGUAAUUACAUUUGUAACAAUUAUCAACAAUAGCUUUAAAUUUAAAAAUAUUUUAUUUCAUGCUGCAAUUUCAUUUCUUUGUAUAAUGGAGAAUAAAGUAAUAAAUAUUAUUGAAUAGUCAUUAGUCUUAUAAGAAAAUGCGGUAUAUUAUCGAAUCAAUUAUUUCUGUUUGCAAUCUUAAAUUACAUUAAUUGAUAUAACGUUAUGUCUUGUGGUAUUAAAACUUAAUUCUUC